AUGGGGAAAAAACCUAGCUUGGGUCGCCAGAAGAUCGUGAUCGCCCGAAUCCCCAAGAAAAACCAUCUCCAGGUGACUUUCUCGAAACGAAGAUCGGGACGCUUCAAGAAAGCAAGCGAACUUUGCACUCUUAGCGGGGUCGAUGUCGGUAUCAUAGUGUUCUCUCUGGCUAGCAAAGUUUUCUCUUUUGGCCAUCCUGAGGUCGAACUGAUCAUCGACCGAUUCCUCGCCCGACACAAUCUGCCUCCUCUUGAUACCAGUGCUCAUCACCAACUCUUCGAAGCUCAUCGAAGUGUGAACCUUCGGGAGCUCAACAUGAUACUGACUCAAGUCCUCGAUGAACUAGAAGUUGAAAGAAAGCACGGGGAGAGGCUUGACGUGAUGCGAAAAGCGAGCCAAAGGCAGUGUUGGUGGGAGGCUCCCGUUGAUGAGCUUGGCUUGUGUGAGCUGGAGCAAUUGAGAACGUCAAUGGAGGAGAUGAAGAUGAAUGUGGAGAAGUUGACUAGCAAGUUGAUGGCAACUCUUCUCCUCCAAAUGGUUUGCCAUUUUCAGGGGUUAAUACUGGAUUAG